CCAAUAGGGAGCCCCGGGAGGCGGGCCUAGAACGCGCCCGCAGGAGGAAGAGAAGCAAAUUUUGAGUUGGCCUCGGCGUGGGCUCCUUGUGGGGGAGGGGCAGCAGGUUGUUCUCACUGUAUCUCUGAAUAUCCAGGCCCCCUCCACCAUGGCCAGCCGGGGUGGGGGCCGAGGUCGUGGUCGGGGCCAACUGACCUUCAAUAUGGAAGCUGUGGGCAUUGGGAAGGGGGAUGCUCUGCCUCCGCCCACUCUGCAGCCUUCUCCACUCUUCCCUCCCCUGGAGUUCCGCCCAGUGCCUCUGCCCGCAGGAGAAGAAGGGGAAUAUGUCUUGGCGCUGAAGCAGGAGCUACGUGGGGCCAUGAGGCAGCUCCCCUACUUCAUCCGGCCAGCUGUCCCCAAGAAAGAUGUGGAACGUUACUCAGACAAAUAUCAGACAUCAGGGCCAGUUGACAGUGCCAUCGAUUGGAACCCUGAUUGGCGGCGGCUCCCUCGGGAGCUAAAGAUUCGCGUGCGCAAGCUGCAGAAGGAGCGGACUACCGUCCUACUCCCCAAGAGGCCCCCUAAGACCACAGAAGAUAAGGAGGAGACGAUACAGAAGCUAGAGACCCUGGAGAAGAAGGAAGAAGAAGUGACUUCAGAGGAAGAUGAAGAGAAAGAAGAAGGAGAAGAAAAAGAAGAGGAAGAAGAAGAGGAGGAGUAUGAUGAGGAAGAACAUGAAGAGGAAACUGACUACAUCAUGUCAUAUUUCGACAACGGAGAGGACUUUGGAGGUGACAGUGAUGAUAACAUGGACGAGGCUAUAUACUGAAGAAAAAUCCUAAAUAACACUCAAGUUUAUUUGAGAGCUAGAGAAUAACUAUUAUUUAGUUUUAUGAACAACAACAAAAACCAUCAUUUGGUCAGAGUGCAGUUAUCCUCCCGGGCCCCCAGAGAUGGGAACGGAGGACGAUGACAAAUGGUAUUAUUUCUUCCUCGUCCCCUUGUCCCCACGUCGCCCAUAUCACCUCUCAUAUCUUGGGGAAAGGGUCAAUGCCUUAAUCUACAAAGGGAGAAAAGAACAUUGAAGGAGAAGUUGGCGAGUUAGGGCUGAGACAGUUACAUACAUUCCUUCCCAGUUUUUACAGCUUUUUGUGCAUGAAAUUGGGGUCAGAGGAGUUGGGAGGUGUAAGAUGGGGCUUUUCCCCCAUUUUUUUUUUAUUGUGGUAAAUAAUAAAUUCAUUGUGGGGUAGUUACAUAUUUUUUAAAUAAAAU